ACAGAGAGUGAGAACUGCAGAGAGACGAAAAUUGGAGCAAAAAUUAUCAAUGGAAAACGUAGAGAGCUUAGCAAAAGCUGCAAUGGAGAAAUUGAAAGAGAUGAGUAUUGUGGAAAACGUAGAGAGCUUAGGAAAAGCUGCAAUGGAGAAAUUCAAGGAGAUGAAUAAUGUGGAAAACGUACAGAGCUUACCAAAAGCUGCAAUGGAGAAAUUGAAGGAGAUGAAUAUUGUGGAAAACGUAGAGAGCUUAGCAAAAGCUUCAAUGGAGAAGUUGAAAGAGAUGAAUAUUGUGGAAAACGUAGAGAGCUUAGCAAAAGCUGCAAUGGAGAAAUUCAAGGAGAUGAAUAAUGUGGAAAACGUACAGAGCUUACCAAAAGCUGCAAUGGAGAAAUUGAAGGAGAUGAAUAUUGUGGAAAACGUAGAGAGCUUAGCAAAAGUUUCAAUGGAGAAGUUGAAAGAGAUGAAUAUUGUGGAAAACGUAGAGAGCUUAGCAAAAGCUGCAAUGGAGAAAUUCAAGGAGAUGAAUAAUGUGGAAAACGUACAGAGCUUACCAAAAGCUGCAAUGGAGAAAUUGAAGGAGAUGAAUAUUGUGGAAAACGUAGAGAGCUUAGCAAAAGCUUCAAUGGAGAAGUUGAAAGAGAUGAAUAUUGUGGAAAACGUAGAGAGCUUAGCAAAAGCUGCAAUGGAGAAGUUGAAUGAGAUGAAUAAUGUGGAAAACGUAGAGAGCUUACCAAAAGCUGCAAUGGAGAAAUUGAAGGAGAUGAAUAUUGUGGAAAAUGUAGAGAGCUUAGCAAAAGCUGCAAUGGAGAAAUUGAAAGAGAUGAAUAUUGUGGAAAACGUAGAGAGCUUAGGAAAAGCUGCAAUGGAGAAAUUCAAGGAGAUGAAUAAUGUGGAAAACGUAGAGAGCUUACCAAAAGCUGCAAUGGAGAAAUUGAAGGAGAUGUAUAAUGUGGAAAACGCAAAGGAGAUCGUCAAGACAUCAACUCCAUUUGUAACAGAGAUGAAUGUUGAGGAAAACGCAAAGGAGAUCGUCAAGACAUCAACUCCAUUUGUAACAAACUUUGUGAGGAUCUCAUUUGACUGGUUACUGGAAAAUACGAAGGAGAUUGUCGUGAAAACGACGCCGUUCCUACGAACUUCGUAUGAUUGGUUACUCGAAAAAGCUCCUCCACUGAUAUCCAUGGCAAAAAAUUGGAUCCAAAAAGCUCCACUAUAUUAUACCAUUCCAAUUGGAUUUCUGCUGAUUUUGUUGCUCCGCCGUUGUUGCGGCGGCGGAGGAGGAAAUGGGAAGACGAUGAAAGCUCCGGGAAGGAAUAACGUAAGAAUAUCAAGGCGUAAUUUUGAAAAAGACCCUAAAUCCUAUUUCCGCAAACUCCACCCCAAAAAAGACUAAUUUCUGUAUAUCCGUAUUCGAUAUUUACUAGUCCCGAUUAUGCUCUGGUUUCUUAUUUUUAAGUUCCAACUCGAAAUAUUUAGUAAAAAAUGGAGGUAUCGCACGAUAGGUCAUAUCCUUAUAUCAGUAUAUGUCUUGUUAAGUAAUUUGAGUAUGUAUUGCUGUACGCGUUGGGUAUUAUUUUCUGAUUUAUUGCAGAUA